AUGCUUUCGAAAUUUGCCAUAUUGGGUCGACCGAAUGCGGGAAAAAGCACGCUAAUAAAUAAAAUAUUAAAAAUGAACAUUUGUGAUUCUUCGUCUAAAAGUCACACGACAAAAUUUCCCAUCAAAGCAUCAUUUACACAUGGAAAUACGCAAAUUGUUUUUGUCGAUACUCCUGGUUUGGUAACGAAAAAAGAAUUUUCCAAAUUUGAAUUAGACGAUUCUAUUGUCGGUUGGGAACAAAACGUUUUAAACGAAGUCGAUAUGAUUGGAUUAAUAUGCGAACUUCCUUAUUUUAAUACAAAUAUAAAAUAUCAUAAGACUUUAAUUAGAAAAAUAAGAACUUUAAAAAACCCGAAACCGAUUUUUUUAAUAUUGAAUAAGUACGAUGUAAUUAAGCAGUAUUCAUACGUCGGAAAUUCUAUCGAUAAUAUUAAUAAAGCUCUUGAAAAAGAAAAUGAAUCGGACGAAGAACUACCGAAAAUUGAAUUUUCAAAAAUAUUUCACAUUUCCGCUUUAAAAAAUUUAGGAGUAGAUCGAAUAGUUGAUUAUCUUCUAAGCGAAGCAAAAGAAAGCGAUUGGAUAUUAGAUGACAAUGUUUGCGAUAAACCUCCUACUGUUAUAAUCACCAGUUUACUCCGUGCUAAAGUAAUGGAUUUACUUCCAAAAGAGGUUCCGUAUCAGUGUUCGUUCGAAGUAGAGUAUCUGGAAGAAAACGAUUACGGUGAACUUGUUUGCGUGGCUCUAGUACGAUGCAAAAAAUUAAAACAUUUAAAAUUAGCAUUAACGCAUAGAAAAAACAAAUUGAAAAAAUUAGUUAGAAAUUUAGAAUCUGAUUUAUUUAUAAUAUUAGGUAAAGUAAUCAGAUUAAGAGUCGUUUUCGUCAGUGACGAAAUAAAUAAAGAUAAACGACAAAACGUAUUACAAAAUAGUCGGUCACACGGGUAG